AUGCCCGCUCUAGACGCCGUCCGGACAGGACGACCGGCCAAAGUAGAACGAGAAUCUGCCAUCGAUGUACUAUGGGAGAACGAGAGAGGUUGCAUCUGCUGUGGUGUCGCUCUUUUCUCUGGUAAGGCCUUGGGCAACCUCGACCCGUCGCCGUGGACGAACCAAUUUCACAAGACAAGCCCAACGACAACGAAGACAGCUCAAGUUCCUGAUCCAACAUGGGAGUGGGCAUGGCCAGAAUGGAGGAUACACCGAGAAGAGGGAGUUGAGAUGGAUCAAUUCGGAUGGGAAUACUCGUUUAUGUUCUCCAAAAAGUUCUCCUGGCACGGGCCAAAGUGGUGGAACUCCUUCGUCCGCAGGAGAGCAUGGGUUCGGAAGCGUGUUAAGAAGAAGCCCGAAGACAUCUCCGAAGAUCCGCACAUGCUGAACUCUGACUACUUCACUGUCACGCCAGCCAAUCACAGUCGUGCCUCUAGUGUAGCAGGGAGUCAUCGAGAAAGCAUCAGCAAGACAAGCGUACAGACGAGCGUUACGGAGGACAAGCCUCAUAUUGAGGACAUUUGGACGCUUAUGGCGGUUCUGCGAGCUUCGCGAAUCGACCGAGAAAAGAUCGAGGCUGUCGAGAACUACCUGGCACAUUCCAAGGACAAUCUGGAGCAUUUGCAGGAUGAAAUGCACGACAUAAUGGGGAUUUUUGUAUUCCAAGCUUCAAGGAGGCUGCUGCUGAGUCGGUUGACCCAGAUCUAUGAUGAAGCGGUCUCGACAGAAGGGGAACAGCAUAAGUCGGAUGAGCUGGAAACGAGAAAGAAACAUCUUUCCGCAGCGAUCAAACACGCGGACGAGGAAGUAAAAAGACUGUCGUAUUGGAGCGAUGUGAAGGGACUUGCAGAGAAUGGCGAGGCUAAACACGCAGUGGAAGAGGGUAAAGGCUGGGAUGAGAGCUGGCAAGGCGUGGAUCAGAGCGGGCCAGCGCAUGUGAACUCUGAUGUAAACUGCGAGCCCAGCAUACAACAUGGGCCACCAAUAGCCAAUGUCCCUGGGAAUCGCGCAACUAUGGAGAGCCCGAUCCCACCGCAUUGGUGUCUCUGGGAUCUCUCUGAUUCCCAGGGGUCCUCGAAGAUGGUCUCGGGCACCUUCAACUCAGCUGCCAUUCCUUUGACCGACUCAGAGAAUACGGUAAAUCGAGCGGGUUACGACGCCGCUACAGAUGCGGCUGAAGCUGCGAGUCUGCCAUCGGCUCGACGGACUGAAGAGGGGGAACAGACCACGAGCGCUGAUCGGGCUCUCGAGACACGACUAUUGGAUUCAGAACCGUCGUCAACGUAUGACGCUUCAUUGCCUUUUAGCGCCCAGUUCGCUACAUCGUCACUACGAGAAACACAACCUACUGCGACAGUUGGAUACGGCCUGGCAGCGUCCGGCGACAAAGACCUCCGACACCGUCUAGCAGCACUGCGUAAAACACCAAGUACAACGAGCCCAGAUUCAGUUCUCGUUCCAACCCCUGUCAAGUACGGAGACACUCGUGAGACCUUGAAAAGCCUCAACCGAUAUCAUCGGAGUCUGACCAGGCAACUACGACUGGAGGCCAUCCGACGUAUUAAGCAUGAACCUGUCACGAACUGGCGCGCUACGUUAGACAUUUUGCGAUUACAAACUCGCUCGCUCAGGGGGCCCUGGCAAGAGCAUGGCCGUAGGGUUUCGAUUUCGGCAGAGCUUGCAGAGGUGCUGCUUUAUGAUCCCGACCAUACCAUUUGGGAUAUUCACGAGAAGACCCGAUGCCAUAUCGAGCUUCAUUCGUUCAGGGAUAACAGCAAAGAAGGUGCGCCAGACGUAGUGUAUUUGCUGCUCUCAGGAGACGAUGAGGCUCUGGAUCAUGCGAUUGAGGAAUUCACCCGACUUGCUACAAAAUCUGACAGCAAAAUGAGCGUUGAGGGGGUUAUUGGUAGCAGUUUAUCAGGACCUGGUUCUUCGGAGGUGGUUACAACGAAUGUUGAGAUGACAUGGUACAGUUCCAGAAAGUCUCAGCGGCCUUCGAACAUGCCUGCGUACGCACUGAAUCGGAAAUAUGAGGAGAUCUCCAAGCCAAAGGAAUGGACUCGUCAAACAUUCGAGGCCUACGUCGCGGCCAUUACGAACGCCGCGCUUCCUGCGCGUCUCGCGCACAAGCUUUAUGGCUCGGGAGUCGCCGCAAACAAUGCAGCCCUCGCACUUCUACACGCCGCCUUUGAAGAUCCACUUGCGCGAUCCUCGUUGUCGACUCGAGCAUUUAAAGUGGCCUUGCGAUUUAUGGAGUUGCACGGUCAUUCAUACCGCAACCACGCCCGUGACUUGUUCAACAACAUGGAGAAAUUCCGUUUGCCUAUGGAUACCGGCGUCUUCAACAUACUUUUGGAAGGCACCGUCAAGGUCAAAGACCUACACAACUUCGACACCGUAGUGAAAAUGAUGAUGCGUCAUGGCUGCCUACCAAACACAGAGACCUGGUCGUUGUUCCUUCAGAUGAUGGAAAAUGAGCAGGUGCGGCGUCACAUCAUCAAGAUCAUGCACUCCUGUGGCCUUCUCAUUGAACCCAAUACCGUACAGCUAGUUGCCAGGGAUCUAGUUGUUUACGACGUUCGUGAACAUCAACCCAGAUGGACCGGAAUUCAUGAAUUUCUUCAGUGUCAGAACGCCAAGUAUGGCAAGAACUGGGUUUCACUUGCGGCUAUGAACAAGAUUAUGAACGAACUUGGGCGAAUGGGUCACCUCGACUCCUGCCGCGACCUAUUUGAUAUCAUGGCCAAUGUGCCCACUACUACUCCAACCGUACUAACCAUCAAGUCCCUCCUCUAUCAUGCACGACUUCAGCGCAAACUGGCACCAGCUAUCGCCGUACUGGAAAGGGCGCACCGAUGCAGAGUACGGCUUGACGAAGACUGCUAUCACGAGCUGUUCCGCCUGGUAUUGACGCUCCGCAAGCCCAACAUGAUGGGUAUCGUCUGGCGCCUUGCCUGCAUCGAAGGCCGCGCUUCUUGGCAUAUGCGCAGUCGCGUCUCGAACUUAAUGUAUCCGGAAAAUGUCUCUAGAAACCCACCUGAGCUACCUGCUCUGCCCGCCUUCCACCAACCAGACAUGCUUCCCGAAAUACAAAAGAUCCGGUCCAGCCAUACAGGUACCAAGAUAGGUACUCUUCUGUACGAUCGUUACAGAGACUGGCGUCCUGAGGUACCGCUUCACGAGCUUUUGGGCCGCGCGUGGGAGGCCGACAACAAAAUAUAUGAGGCAGUCAAACAGGCCAAGGAAAACAAACGGCAGCUGCAGGUAAAGGAGCAAAGCGAGACAACGCCUUCUGAUGCAACAGAGCUUCCAGCUCCAGCAGCCGCUCCAACCCUUCAUAAGGUUACCGUUCCAGGCAUCCCGCUCAUCCUCCGUCGCAAGUCCUGGGACUCUGGGAGAAAGAAGCUUGAGCGUGUUCAGCUAGGAAUGACCAUCACGCACAUCGCCCCUGCAAAUUAUCAGCCCCAGGGCGACGACGACGCUGCGCCAUCGCUGGACUAA